GAGGUUGUUUCAGGUAUAGACCGCAAGUUGCCCUCUCUUUUUCUCACCUUCUCUCGCUUUCCGAACAGGUUACUCUGAAAUUCGUUCCUCGAUUUUCUCUCUGGAAGAAUUUUUCGUGUAAGUUUCUAGAAAUUUUUCAACGAUGAAGAAUUGUGAGCUUUGCAAUGGAUUUGCUAGGAUUUACUGUGAAUCGGACCAUGCAAAUUUGUGUUGGGACUGUGAUUUGAAGGUUCACUCGGCGAAUUUUCUGGUAGCGAAGCACUCGAGGACGUUGCUAUGCAACGUGUGUCAAUCGCCGACGGUUUGGUCGGCCGCCGGUAUGAAGAUUGGCCGGACUGUCUCUGUAUGUGAGAAGUGCGUGAACGAUGAAGGAAAUAGCAGAGAAGAAGAAGAGGGAGAUGAUGAUGAGGAGGAGGAGGAGGAAAUUGAUUUGGAUGAUAUUCAGGUUGUUCCGUGGUCAUCACCGCCGGCGAGUUCGUCGAGCAGCAACGAGUCGUUAACUGAAUUUUUUCCCUUGAAGCGAAUGCGUGAAGAUGAUGAUAGUGGAACUUCAACAUCACAUCGGGAAGUUAGUGCACUGCCGUGGGCGGAGGAGCAUGGCGGCGAUGAAGCGGCGGAGUUUGUCGACUCCAUUUCAACGAGAAUUAGAAUGUCUUCAAAGAUCCAGAGAAUUGACCCGACUCUACCGGGUUAGGUUGAAACUACUGGAUGUUCGGCGACGAUGGAGUUCAUCGGAAGAACUAAUCGGCGACAAAUGAACUCCAGUGGGACGAUGUAAUAGCCGUUGAUCUACAAUUCGCCGAGACUUUGUAGCCGUCUGAUUAACCACUGAUUUGAUGCUUUUGUUUGGCUAACUAAUACCGUCACGCCAUUUCUAUUUUUCUGUUUUUUUUUUCUUCCUAUUUUUGGUUGUAAAUUACAGCAAAGCCAUUUACUAAAACAAGGCUAAUACAUUUUAGGAUAUUUAAUUUGCUUUCAUACUAAUAUAUUUAUAUUAUACGCAUAAUUUAUAUUGCA